AUGAACACCUGGCGCCGCGCAAUAGUCCCUCUCGUAGUGGUGGCAAUCUUUGCGUACUGUACAUACGUGUCAUUUCAUGUGGUUGCCUAUAGGAUUUUGUUUGUUGCCGGGCUGAGGGCUGCUGCAAUAGCACUUUGGUGCAUUUUGGCGCUUGCUUUGCCGCUAAUCGGCGUCUACUGGGGCGUUAUUUUGCUACGGGGACCCGGGAAACUUCCAGAGGAGUUGCUGCUUUUGCCCGGUCUCGAAAGCGGGGAGUUUCUGUCGUUUCUGUGUGAUCUGCUGGGGUUUCCAUUGUACUGUUCACACUGCCAACGAUUGAAGCCCGAACGGUCGUUCCAUCUGUCCAUUGUGGGUGUUUGCGUACCGAGGUAUGAUCAUUAUUGUGUUUGGCUUGGUGCGGUGGUCGGGCGAGACAAUUUGGUGCCCUUUCUCAAGUUUGUGCAGCUGGUGGCUGUAUACUCUUUUAUGAGCUUCUGCUACGCGGCGGUAUGUAUUAAGCGCGCUGUAGGUGAUGAGACGCUUCUUCCGCACAUUUUGAUAGUACUAGUUUUGACGUUUUUCAUGGGGUUCAUGCUGGCAGGGCUCUGGAUCACAACAACCAUGCAGAUGGCUCAGGCUACAACGACGCUAGACGUACUUACGAAGAAAAACGCUGCGACUUACAAACGCUCUCUUGCCGUUGAGAAUCCCUCGUGGCUCCGGAAAGCGCUUGUGCCGCCGCCGAGACGAUUUGAGGAUGGCGUGCGCUACGUCAACGUCCAAGAUGGCGAUUCGCGUGCGGUCGUAAGCUACCAUGUCACCGAAACCCCAUAUUCCUUCGGAGUUAGCGCCAACAUGGUCCAUGCUUUUCUUCACUUCAACAACCUUCGAGAUGGGUCUCCAACUCGCGUUAUUUCAGGAUCAGAGGCAUUUCAAGUCUGGCUACUAUAUUUUCUACCCAUCAUUGACCUAUACUACUGGAACCGCCUUGCGAAAUCUGACGCAAAUACAUACGAGUCCUAUUCCGAUGAUUUCGGUGUUUCGUUCAUGGAGCAAGUCCAGCAAAAACUCGAAAAGGGCGAUUCCGUAAAACCCAACUACAUUCCCGAUCCAACAUUGCAACCAAAGCAAUCUUUGAACAAUUAG